AUGCGGUUUACAACUUUCACGCUUGCCGUGGCGACGACUGUCCUCGCGCAGCGUCCCAGCGACACGCCCAUCUGCGACUACUACACCACGGCGCUUCUGAAGGAGAACAAUGCGACCAACCAAGCCACUCUUCUGACACUGCUGGUCAACACGGUCGUCAUCGGGAACUAUACGAUGCCCAACACGGGUGUCAUGGUCCCUGGUAUCCUGGCCAAGGGCAUGCAGGACGGCGAAGAAGUGAACCUGCUGCCAUACUUCAGCGGAGGCCUCAACAGCACCAACAAGAACGGGAAGGCAGGCGUCGUCAACUUCUUGGACGGAGGCGGCGCGGAGCCACUGAAGAAGAACAUGCCGGCCAACGACAAUAGUUCUCGGCAAUACUUCCUCCUUACCCAUCUGUAUCAGUUCUUUGGCUCUCUGCUGGGCUGCACCAUGCAGGGCAUGACGGGUUUCGACGCUUACAUGGGCCGCACGUCCAUGUACGAGGUCCACAAGUUCAUGGGCCUGGGCAAGGCCGAGGUGGACUACUUCAUCGCGCAAGUCGCCCUUGCCGCCCAGUCCUUCGGCGUCACCGACGACGACGUCAAGGCCGUCGGCGAGGCGCUCAACAACGCCUUCAACAUGCGCUGCGCCGCGCCCAUGGCGGUCCUCAAGACGGCCAGGCCGCAGCUCCAGGCCAUCUGCAUCGCCGACGACUGCCCCAAGGCCAAGAACGCGACGUGCGACGCCUACGCCAAGGUGACGGAGCCGCAGCCCGUGUCGUCCAUGAUGUCGAGCAUGACUGGUUCCUCGACGAUGAUGCCCACGGGUACGAUGACGAGCGGCAGCAUGACGGGCACGAUGACACCCACAGGGACUGCUACUGAGAGCUCUGUGCCUACGGCCGGGGCUGGCCAGGUGGGCCUCAAUGUUGCCGCCGCGGCCGCCGGUAUCCUUGCCUUUGCGCUUUAA